AUGAUGGCGUUACCCACCAAACCGGCACUACACCCCAUAAGCUACGUAUUAUUGGGCGGAUUCCUGUUAUUCAUUUGCAUCGGUGUGUUCAACCAGUUUUUGAAGCCUGGUCAAGACGUCACUUCCGAUCUUGAGCGAUAUUCCGGGUAUUUGAGCGUCGGGCCGGCUGGGGAGCAUCAGCUGCACUAUUGGCUAGCCCAGUCACAAAAUGACCCAACCAAGGACCCAUUGAUUGUAUGGCUGAGCGGUGGGCCUGGCUGCUCGAGUCUAUACAAGAUGUUUAGCGGCACUGGGCCGUAUAUCGUCAGGAUGAACAGCUCAAGGGGUGUGUAUCUCGAGGGGAACCCUUAUUCCCUGAAUCGUAACGCUUCCGUCCUCUACAUUUCGGCUCCGGCGAAUUUCGUCGGAUUUUCCUAUUCUACGAUUGUCGACGAUAACUCUACGAAUGAUAAUAAGACAACAAGCGAAAACUGGCAGGCAUUGGUACAAUUCUAUACCAAACACCCGACUUUUCGAGACGUCGAUCUCUAUUUGAGUGGUGAUUCUUACGGUGGAACUUUCGUGGCCCUAUUUGCAUCCAAGAUCCUCGAAAAGAUGCCGGAGUAUCACAUGAAUUUAAAGGGUGUUGCCAUUGGAAACGGGAUGGUGGAUGCGGCGCUGGAGAGGGCUACUGUAAUCCCAUACCUAUACCAACACGGGCUAAUCGCGAUACAGGAUUACCAGCGUUAUCUAAACGAAUGUUGUGGCGGACAAGCCGAGGGCUGCCCGACUCGGGAUACGAGCUUGCGAUGUCAGAAGCUGACCGACGACUUAAAAAUCGGAAGCACUUAUGGUUCGGGCAUCGACCCAUACGGGCUUCACCACGAAUGCAAACCAGAUUGGUCUGGUGACAUUCCGACAGAUUGUGACAACACAUGGGCUAUCGCCAAGUACUUGAACGACCCGGCACGACGACGAAAUCUCGGUAUCCCACCCUCUGUGCAGGAUUGGAAGGUUUGCAGAAAUGCACAACAACUAAACUAUACGAAGCAAUACCCUACGGUACUGCCACAUGUGAAGCGAGCAUUAGAAGCGGGAGUGAUGCUCUACUACGGAGACAUGGAUGCGAUAUGUAACCCGAUUCUGGGCCUUCGGUUUACCUCACAAGUCUUUGAGGCGAUGCAUUGGACAAGCCCCGACUACCAACCAUACUACCUGGAAAAUCGAGUCGCGGGCAAAUCGCUGCAGAAUGGUGGAUAUAGUUUUGCUACGGUUAGGGUCGUUCCAAUGCGCAUCAAUCACCUGUUCGAGAACUUUUCCGACGUAUCCGACCCGGCGGAGGGCGUGCGAAUUGUCUGGAAAUUCAAACUAUUGAUUAAAACAUACAAAAAGCACUCACAUAAUUGGUUAUCAAAAAAAAAAACGCCGACCUGGUUAUCCGGAAAUUUUCUCCGAAAUGGCCCGGGCAAGUUUAAAUUUGGUAAUGAUGAGGUAAAUCACUGGUUCGACGGUAUGGCCUAUCCACAGCGAUAUCACUUCAAAAAUGGCCGAAUGCAUUACUCCGCGAAAUUCCUGAAAUCCCACGCGUAUCUGGCUUGUGAGGAAGACGAGCGUCUCGCCGUGUCGACAUUUGCAACCCCGCGAAGCGCUCAAACAAAUAUGACAGCUAAGCCUGACAGCGGUGCCUACAAUUGUUUGGUCAAUUUCUUGCAGUGGCCACUUUUUAGCGCGGAGCCCACCUGCUUUCGCGAUGCCUUAUUUUGGAUCGAGGGACAAUACGUUAACAUUAUUCUUGUGGACAAAAGGACCAGAAAGCGGCAUCCGCGCAAGUUCUUCGCACCGCCUUUCUUCACCUUUCACCACGCCAAUCCCUUUGAGCGCGACGGAUUUUUGUACAUCGAUUUUUGCCUUGUGAAAAACCCGGGGAAUUUCGAGGGCUUGCUGCUACAACACAUGCGAGAUGGGUCAUUUUCGUCUAGGAACCCGUUGUUCCGCCCUUUUCUACAUCGAAUCGUCAUUCCUACCGAUGUUUCCGGCGAUAUUGAGGCUGGCAUCGACCUGGCGGAGACGGCCGCUUCAUCGCGAGGUGCCCGGGCAAUUCCACAGGCUGACGGCUCGGUCUUUUGCAUCCCAGCCAAAAUUUGCCAGCACUCCUUCGAACUGCCACGCUACAACGAACGUUUCACCGGACUCCCAUAUCGAUUCGUGUAUGGGACAACGAUACUGUACGCCGCUGCGGAACGUCGGGUUCCCGGGGUGGUCAAAAACGAUGUCAACACCGGUGAGACGUUGAUCCACUACAAAGACGACGCGGAGCAACUUUUCGGAGAGCCGGUUUUCGUGCCAAGUCCGAGCGGAACGGCCGAAGAUGACGGGGUGAUUCUCGUGCCGGUGAUGAGCGCCAACAAGCGGCAAAAGCCAAUUUUCAUGAUUCUCGACGCCAGGAGCCUUCGCGAGAUUUGUCGGUACGUUCUCCCCGUUCCACGAAUCCCCAUGGGUUUCCACGCAAUAUUCGUUGACGCAGCAGCCGGAGACAAAGAAAAU